UAAUUAAUUCGGUUAUCUUCAAAACCAUGCCGUUCUGUAUGAACGGCUUUAUUUCUCUCAGCUGUCUGUGUGUGUGUUUGUUUGUUUGGAGGAGGAGCUCUGGCUGCGGAUUAUUCCCCAGCAGAUCAUUCAGAGCACACGGAGCUGAUUUUCAGUCCAGUCAGUGAUCUUGGAGAUGUUGGAUCAUCAGUGUGUGUCUCCAGUCAUCGAGGUCUUUAUUCCGUCUCUCAUGAGGGAAGUGGACGAGACUGGAAAGUUGCGCAAACUCUUCAGGUUGGAGAUUCUGUUCAAUGGAAGGAAACACUUUGUUUUGCGGCGACACAGUGAAUUUCAGACGCUUCACCGGAAGCUGAAGAAGAUUCUGCGAGCUCCUGAUUUCCCCAGUAAGAGAAACCAGCACCUGCGAACCAAACCGCUGGAGCAAAGACGACAGGAACUGGAGGACUACAUCCAGGAGAUUCUGUAUCGAAAUGACGUUGUUCCUCAAGAGCUCCUGGAUUUCCUGCAUGUCAAACAUUUUCAUUUGGCGAGCAAGAACUGCAGCUCUGAUGAAAACCAGUCAGAUGACUGUCAAGAGCAGGGAUACAGUUUUAAAUUAUUCAAUCAGCGAGUAGUUGGUUUCUCGGCUGACCCUUACCAGCUUGAAUCCAGAUCAGAUCUCCCUGAUAUUGUGGUGGCCGGCGUCCUGCAGGGUUUGUACCCCAGAGACGUCAAAGUGAGUUUCAAAAAGAACUGCAGUAAACCCAGGGGCCUCACCUGUGCACCAGAGCUGCCCGUGCAUCCCAAAAUCCCCACUAUUACCAUAAACAGAUGCAAUAUCAGCUCACUGCCAGAGUCACAGAGAAUAUGACUGCAAUCACUGCAGUGUUGCCUAGCAACUCCAUCUGCUUUAAAUGUGCCUUUGCAUGUUUAUAUCGACUGAAUCUUUCAUCUUUAGGUUUGUCAUAUUUUAUGUGAAUAUCACAAAAACUGUCUAGGCCAUUGUCCUCUCAAAAGCUUAGUAUUAUGCACAAAAAUUAGAUUUAAAUGUAAAUAUUUAAAGUACAACUGCAAUUAUUUAGCAGGAUUUCAUUUAUGCAAAUUUUUAAGUUGUUUUUUUACCAUACUAAAAUCAAGUUUUUGUGCUUAAUUGUAAUAGUCAUAAAAUGCACAAAUAAGGCGUUCAAACAUGUUUUUUGCAUUUAUUUGGUAUUCACAUCAUGUAUUUCUGAAUUUAAAAAUUUUUUUUAGAACCCUGCCAACCAUAAGGCACAAAAACAUAGAUUUAAAUUUAAAUAAAAUCCAAAUGCAGUUAUACAUCAUUGCAAUAUGUUGUUCUGAAUUUGAUUUAUCCUUUUUUUGGGUGUGUGUUAACUUACUAAAAUCUAGUUUGUGCUUAAGAUUUGUUUGAGAAUUUAAAAAAAAAAAUUAAAAAAUUAUUAACGGUCCAAAACAAUAUUACAUUUAAACUUUUUUUUUUGCCUUAAUUUCUUAUUCAUUUUAUACAUUUCUGAAAUAAAAAAUUCUUAUAAUUUCAGUGUAAAAUAUAAACUGGACAUUUCUUCAUGAAAUUCACAUUGCAAACCCAGGUUGUCACUGAU